GGAAUGGAAGUGGAGAGUCUGCGGAGUAGUCAGUUGUUUUGAUGCCUCCCACCUUCUCAGUCCCGUCAUUCCCAGUGAUUCAUUUGUUCUGUGCAGCUGCGAGUGGAACAAUUGGGCCAGAAGCUGGAGAAAAAAUCCCAAAUGCCAGGCCCCAAAGUUGGUGGAGAGAUGGGUGAAGUGUCUGUGAUGUUAGUUUAUGAUAUUGCCAGUGAAAUUGGAAAGGAAUGUGAGAAAUUGAUUGAUAAAUUUGGCUCAGACGCAGUGGCAACAUUGAUUCCUCAGGUGAUCAAUGCCCUGGAGCUCCUCGAGGCGUUGGCAAAUCGCAAUGAAUCGGAGAAUUCCACGGUACAGGAGUUAAAUGACCGUAUAACGCAACUGGAGACGGAAAAGCUCGAGAAAGCUGAGUACAGGAAGCGCUUUGAGAAGGAACUCGAAACCAUUGAAGAACAAUGGAGGAAUGAGUCAAGAGAUCUCGUAGCCCUUGUAAGUCGGCUGCAGGAUGAGAAUAAGCGCCUGGCAACUCAAUUGCAGUCUGGGACGGAUUCAGACAGUGGUGUUGAGUUUCAAAUGGAUUCAACGGGGAGUCAGGGUGGUGACUUUCAGCUGAUGCAGCGUUUGAGGAGUCAAGUGGAUAAGCAGAGGAAUGAUUUGAUGCGCAAGGAUAUGGAGUUAGAAGAGAAGAUUGGGGACAUUGAGGGUCUCAAUAUGCAAAUUGAGAGGUUGAAGACGUCAGGGCGGGAGACGAGGCGUCGGCAGAAAGUGGUGCAAUUGCAGGUGAGGACAUUGUGUGAGGAACGGGCAGAUUUUUUGGCUCAGCUACAGGAUCAGCAUAGGGAGAUUGUGUCACUGAGACGAAGAUUGGGACUGGCUGAGAAGGAGAAUGAGGAUUUGGUGAAGACUCAGGAGGAGGAACCCCUGAAGCGCUACACUACGACUGAAUUGAAAGAGUUAAUGGCUGAGAGGGAUAAUCUGAGGGCCAGAAUUAACGAUCUGGAGGAAGAAUUGAAGAUGUUCAGGCCAAAUCCACUUGAGGAAAAAGCACAAAAUGAGAGUCAAUCGCCAUCGGAGGAAGAUCCACCAGUUCAAGGGCCCCUACCCUUUGAACCUGAUGAUGCCCCGUGGAAAAAGUCCAGUGAAUCAGGGAUAAGGAAAUUUUUUCGCAAAUUGUUCUCUGAUCCUGAUGACACUUCUGCAAGUUUUCCUCGACGCUCUCUAUCCACUCUGUCGAAGAUGGCACUAUCGGCCGGGCCUCACUGUGACAUUCCCUUCUAAUUGCAUCAAAUGGUCCAGCACCACAUUCUAACAUCAGCCAACGAGAUUCUUCCUUUUUCAAACUAACAAUCACGAUUUUCCAUAAUAUUCUUUUUAAAAGUAAUGCCUCCAGCGGUAAUUUUACAUUCCGGUCAGAGUUUUCUCUUUACCAUUUUAUCCAGGGUCCAGAUGUCUCAUAUCCAAAGUCCAAAGUCAGUAUUCUAUUUAUUAAUAUUAAAAAAAAAAUUAAAUAAUGAAAAUACUUAUGAUUUGUCCCACUUGCUUUUCUUCCUCUUUAUUCCCAAAUCCUCUUUCUAUUUUCUGUAAAUAUACACAGUAAUUCAAUGUUACUUGUCUAUUUAUAUCCCAAUAUAGUUAUUACAUAAUAGUGAUAUUAACAAAAAAAAAGAAA